GUUCCCUACCUGUUGUUCAACCAUCUUGUGAAAGAGGAAGGAAUUCGGAUUCUCACUGCAUGAAGUCAUCCUGCUUCCUGGAUCUGGAGGUGUGAAAUUCCCAGCGGGGAGAAUAAAUAGAGCCAGCAGCCCAAGGGUGAGGCAGACGGCUUCAUCAUGUCUUCUGGAGGUCUUCUUCUCCUGCUGGGACUCCUCACCUUCUGGGCAGAGCUGACCCCCGUCUCCGGCCAGGACCGUCCAAAGUUCUGUCAUCUUCCUGCUGAACCCGGACCAUGUAGAGCAAAAAUAACUCGCUUUUACUACAACUCGGAUUCAAAACAAUGUGAAAAGUUUAUUUAUGGUGGAUGCCAGGGCAAUGCCAACAGGUUUAGGACCUACGAUGAAUGCCACCGCACCUGUGUUGAAAAACCUGGAGUGUGUCCCCUGGGUCCUCAACAACAACAACAACAACAAAAACUUCCUUGUCUCGAGAAGUGUCAACAUGACUGGAACUGUCCUGGGGAGCAGAAGUGUUGCCGUUACGGUUGCCUGACUGAGUGCAGGGACAUUGUCUAUAUGAUACACGGAUCCCCAACGAAGAGACCCUCCCGGAUUGGAACAACUGUUCGAACUUGAACCAAAGAGUCUUCUUCAGUCCUGGACCACCCCGGAGACCCUCCCCGCAAACCCCACCCUGGGCUCAUUCCUUUCUUUCUGCAAUAAAGCUUUGGUUCCAGCUGCCC